AGGAUUUGCAUCUGGCCGGCGUGGGGCACAACAGCGGAAGGAUGAAGACAAAGACAUGGAAGUGGGACGGCGUCGACAAGAGGCUCGUGCAGAUGGGGGUGACGAGUAAAAAGGCAGUGGACUGCGGGAAAAAAUGGGACAACCUAUACCAGAAGUUCAAAACCGUGCACAAGUUCAUGGGAGAAUCGAGGAAGCCUAAUUUCUUCACACUAACGCCGGGGGAGAGGAAGGAGCUAGGGUUCGACUUUCGGAUGGAUGAGCGUGUGUAUUUGGAGAUGACGGCCAUGUCCAGGGGCGAUCACACUAUACACCCCACGAAUCUCGCGGACACUGGUGCGGCUGGAGGUGUUCAAAUGGCCGGCCCGCAUGGAGGUCGGAAUGAAUCCGACGGUAGUGAGGGAUGCGGGGAUGGACAGGACGACGAUCAGGGAUCGACGAGGGAUUCAACGUUCAGCGGUGGUGGCGGGUGUGGGGGCGGCAAACGGAAGAAUGUAAGGCAACAGACCUUCAACAUGAUUGCGGACGUCAUGAAGGAUCACGAGAAUCUGAUGGCGAUGACGGUGGACAGCGCGAGCAAGAGGCAGUGCUCAAUUCUGACGAGGCAAUGCGACAUUCUCGAGCGAGAGUUGGAAGUGCAGAAGGAGCACUACGUGAAGGCCGAUCAGGCGAACUUCAUGAUGUGCAACGCAGCAGGGGUUGUCGUCAUGGAGGCGCGCGUGUCGAGGCAACUUCCGGCAGUGGUAGGCCAGGGUCAGGCACGUCAUCCACUCCCCUUGCAACACGCGGGGGCUUCAGGGGGAGGGAAAACACCGUCCGCGCAAAAGGGUGAGGAGGUGGCGAGCGACAGUCGGACGACGGCGGCAGAUCACACCACUACAAGCGGACUCGCCGAAGGUGCAGAAGAGGGAAGGGUCGACGACGUCCGCCGCGACUAUGGGAGAAGAGAUGGAAAGUGGGAGGGCGAUGACGAUGACGACCAUCUACUUGUUACGAGGUUGAAGGGAGCGACAAAGGAGGAUGAUCUCGAAGUGAGGUCGAAGUUAUGGGUUGAUCGCGACGCUUUCUGGGGUCGGGGCCCGGGGAAACCCUUGAGGGAGGUGAUCGAGGACCCUGCGCAGUGUGAACCAGCUCUGUACAGAGCGCGCAGCGUGGAGAAACUAGUGUUGUGCACCAUCCACGGCUGGAUCUUCAAAUCGUCGUUGAGGCGGACUGGCUUCGCUCGUGCAGAGUCGUACAUCACCCUCGACCUCACUACAAACGUCGCACGAGCAGUUUGGCAAAGAUUUGAAUGGUCCAAAGUGCUUUCCCCUGCCCUCGCCUACCACACGCUGGCGAUGAAGAUGGACGUGCCUCCGUGGUUCGUGGGGGUGAAGAUUGUGGACCGUCUGGAAGACGACGACAUGGCGGCGCGGCAGGAGGCGACAGUUCUUCGCCGGGCGGACUGCUGGACAUAUGUAGUCUGGUGCGGACAAUGGGCGGACAGCGGGCGCAUGAAACAGGAGAGGUUGUCGCGGGAUUGUCUUCGAGCGUUGUUCAACGCAUGCACGUGGAUAAUGCACAUGGGUGGUGACGACGACCGUUCGCACUACGAGGCGUGGUUCUACGCGUCCAUGGUCGCCAAACCCACAAUGAUAGCGGCGGGGUCCUACAUCUUCAACUGGCGGCGACACAUCGUCGACACCGCCAACCUCGUCUUGGAUCGUCUAGGGAAGGCGCACCUGACGCUGGGAGAUUACCCGCUUUGCAUUCUGGAAUGGUCUGAUUGCAGAUUGGUGUUUGGGCACAACGCGGCCCUGAAGAAUGCAGCGGAAGCUGCAAAACAUGGCUGGAUUGGCAGCAGGCCCGGGCCGCGACGGACAACGAUGGAGAUGAGGGCAGUUGACUCGUGGGUUCGUCCGGAAGGCAGCGGUGGGGUAUGGAUCGUCGGCGGAUUGGUGUGUGGGAUCAGGAAACGACGAACUGUGCGCCUUCAACUCCAGACGUUAGUGCACGGGCGGGAUGGGUGUCCCCUCCCUUACAAACAUCAGCAGACUCUGCUCAGUGCCGAUCAGGGGAUCCAGUGGACCGCGAUAGCGUCCAAAGCUAAGCGGCGUGGAGGCAAGCACAACGAAGAGACAGUUGUUGACGCCGGCAAGGGAAAGAGUGCAGCGGAUUGUGGCGCCGAUGGGGGUGAUGACAGCACAGAUGGAGAUGAUGCAGGUGGUGGUACACAGGAGGGUGUGGCGGCCACACCACAAAAUAUCUCACAACCACGCGCAGUGUGGAAUGAAGCUGAACAAUUGCUCUUGGUGAGGUGCAAGAUAGAUUAUGGUAUGGAGGAGGAGUCACGCGGCCGGAGCUCAGUGAAGCGGUUCAAAUCGAAGGACACUGUGUGGUGCAAGGUAACUGCGCUAAUGGCGGAGAGGGGGGUCGUCAAGGAGCAGGACGCCUGUUCACAGAAGUGGGACAGUCUGAUGUCGCACAUGCGGAGGGUAAGGGACUAUGAACGCAAGACGACUUCACGAUGUCCACGAAGGUGAUGAAGGCAAGGAAGCUGGACUUUGUUUUGAAGCGGAGCGUGUAUGAUCUGAUGUACCCUUUCUACAAGAAGGAUCCAUCAGUUAAUCCGACUAACAUCAGCGAUGCCGGCGUGCCUUUCGUGCCGUUUUCAAGAAAAAACUAUGAAACUUAUAUGUUUUUAUUUUAAAUUCAGUAAAGUUUUUGGAUAUGA